GGGACAGCCAGUCGGUUACGAUGCUAAACCGGCUGACGGAAUCGUCGGUAGAUUCAGUGUUUGUGAUAUGGAUGAUGGAAUUCCACCAGUCAAUGAAAAACUUUCAGGAAGUGCCAAGGAUCCCCCGUUGUAUGUUCCGAAUGCUCCGUUUAAGAAUUCAACAGGAGAUCCGGUGUACAGAAAAGUGGCCGUUGUAGAAAAUUUCUUCGACAUUAUAUAUAACGUACACGUUGAUUUGGAAGGAAGACCUGGAAAACAUGCAGGACAAAAGCGAACUUAUAGAACAAUAACAGAGACGUAUGCGUUCCUACCGAGAGAAGCCGUCACCCGUUUCCUGCUCGGAUGCACCGAGUGCCAGAAACACCCUCGAUCACCUUCACCCACGUCACUCUUACCUACACCCAGCCCCAGCCCUACGCUACCUCCAGCAGUGGCACCUUUACAACAGAUGGGAACAGCCUUAGGAACUACUCCCCCAGCACCCCGAGUAGCAACGCCCAUGGUAAUUAAUACAACGCAACAAGACGACGAAAGCGGUUACAGGAUAAAAAAUGGAGGUUUAUCAGCAUCAUGCAGUCCACUCCAAGCAGAUCACCCUCACCAACAAUCAGAGACUAAUAUAACGUUAAAAAAACCGAUUCCCGCACAAACGAGUAAUCCGGAACCUUUGAGAAAGUCAAAUAAUCCUUUGGACGUUUGUAACUUAACCUCAAAAGACCCACCUCGCAGUCCCGCGAAAAGACGUUACCAAGAUGCCGCUCCGAAACUUUGGUCGCCUGUGGCCGAUCUCGAUAGUGACGAACCCCAAAAGAAGAAGUUGUUACUUAGCGGUGGUGAUAUCGACUACUCGUUACCUAUUACGACGACGUAUUUGAAAUACAUGCGGAGUUUAGGAUGUCGAGACGAGGAUGCUUUCAAAUUCGAUAACAAACACGCUCCAAUAGCUUUACAGAGGCAUAAUUUUAUGAUAACAACAAUGAAAUUACCCGAUGCUAAGAUUAAAGUUCAUAGAAAUUUCAGGAGAAUUCUACCAUAUUUACAAAAAAUAUAUAAUGCUUCGAAGACGCACGGUUUCGCAAACUACGAAAAUGACAAAUGGCAAAACAGGCCAAUUUCCGAUCCCACGAAGAAAUAA